AUGAAAGCAAUAUUUUCUAGCAUUUCGUCAAAUAAAAUUACAGACAGGGAAGACCAAAGGGCUAUUAAAAUCAUGAAAAGGGUACUACUUUUACUAGGACUGCUGGUGUUGUUGUUGCAUGAUCAAGCUGAUGCUAAAAGGGUAUUAAUGGAGGAGGCUGCUCCAGCACCUACAAUUGGUGCAAAAAGGGACACUGAAAACAGCAGCUAUAGUGACGAAGAGGAGAAAAACAACAGUUAUGGAAGUAAUGGGAAUCCAUCAGGAUCAACCACUAAGAAUCACCAUUAUUACAUUAGUGACAAACCGCCAGCAAAAGAACACUGAUAGUUUGUAAUGAAGAAUAUAUGUUUAUGUGUGUGUAUAUAUAUAAGUAGCUAGCAUAGAGACUAUGUAGGUAAAAGUAUUAUGGAGGCCGUUAUGUCGGAAGUCGGAUUGUAUUUUGUCUCUUCUAUUCAAAAAAUGAGCAAAUUAGUCUCUAUACGUUAGAUCAAAGAGUAAACUGGAGGUCUCUAUGUUGAAAUUUUCAGCCAUUUUUAGUGUUAAAAAUUGGUCAUUGUACAUCAUCACAAGAUACACACUAGUUUUGAGCUGGAGAAACGCAUGAAAUUUUUAAUAGAAAUGACUAAUUUGCUCUUUGAUUUAAUAUAAA